AUGGUAAAUGGCCAUAUAUUUUUUCUUAACCUCUUUAUUAGGCUUCUCCAAGUCCUAAUCCUCAAUGCUGCCGUUGCCUCUCCUGCAGAGCGCCUUUCCAAAGAUAGCUACAACGCAACCUUCGCGGUCAACCAUCUAGCUCAUUUUUAUCUAACCCUCCUUCUCAAAGACAAAUUUACAGUUACACCGCCAUCCAGGGUAGUUGUGUUGUCGUCGGAACUUCAUCGACAAGCACGUAUUGAUCCAAAACUUUCUGUGGACAAGAAGUUAGAGCUUCUCAUUCCGUCUUCGGACACUACAGAAACGGCACUUACUUUGUACAGUAGGUCAAAGCUGUGCAACGUUUUAUUUGCUUUGAAAUUACAUCGAGAACUGAGCAAGAUUGGGGUGAAUGUGAAUGCGGUUCAUCCAGGAUUUAUUGAGACAGGUCGGUGGAUAGUAUGGCCAUUUUAAGAAUUUAAAAUUUCUUGAGUUUUCGACUUUUGGUUUGCUUUUUUGAAUAACCAAACAAUCGUUUUAACGACUCUGAAUAUAUCAUAAUUGCAUGUAGAAAAUUGCAGCCCUUGUCCGAAGUGUUAGAGCUUCAGUGAGCCCCCUGAAAGCCGUAACUCUUUGUAGAUUCGCCAAGACAAUCCAACAAGGAGCCGCCACCACUGUCUAUGCCGGCUUUCAUCCCGAUUUGGACAAGGCAAGUAAUCCUAUCGAUAUCAAGAUUUUUUCCGCAUUGCAGGUCAGUGGUCACUACUUUGAAGACUGUUGGGACGACCGCUCAAAGCUAUCUCAUCUGGCGAAUGAUGAGAAGUUGCAAGAUGCGUUGUGGAAUAAGAGUAUUGACAUGAUCAAUGAGGCUAGUCUGAAGUUUUAG